CUCGCAGGUCGCAGCUGCAGGACUAAUGAGAUCCUUCCUAAUGUCUGCUCAACUUUCGCUGGUAGAUUACUUUGGGAGAGAAAGCUUGCUUGGUACUGAAAAUCAGGUGAGAGCUAGGAUGGAGAUGUUAGGUUAUUUCCUCAUUGGAUUGCUUUGUAGCUUUUCUCUUCCAAUUUCCAUUCGUGCUUACGACCAAACAGGUUUCAUUAGUUUAGAUUGUGGGUUACCAGAAGAUUCGAGCUAUUCUGAAGCUACAAGAGGCAUAACUUUUGUUUCAGAUGCUCCUUAUAUUGAAACUGGAAUUAGCAAGGAUGUAUUACCUGAAUUCAAAUCAGAGCUACAGCAGCAGAUGUGGAAUGUUAGGAGCUUUCCAGAAGGGGACAAAAACUGUUACAACCUAACCCUCAAGAAGGGUGAUCAGUAUUUAAUCACAGCAUUCUUCAUGUAUGGAAACUAUGAUGAAAAAAAUGAAGUCCCAGGAUUUGACCUGUAUCUGGGACCUAACUUGUGGAACACAGUGUCAUUACAAGAUGCGUCAACCGCAAGAAUCUACGAGAUAAUUCAUACCCUCCAGUCAACUCACCUGUAUAUUUGUCUUGUCAAUACCAGAAAUGGGACCCCAUUCAUAUCAGCAUUAGAGCUAAGGCUUUUGAAGAAUACAACUUACAAAAGCCAAACUGGAUCGAUGGAGCUCUUCAAGAGGUAUGACGUUGGUUCAAUGCCCGGUACACCAUUCACGUUUAAAGAAGAUGUUUAUGACCGUUUUUGGGAGCCUUACAAUAGAGAAGAUUGGACGCAAAUAAGUACUGAAUUCUCCAUUGAAAAUAACAGCACCUAUCAACCACCAUCUUCUGUGAUGCAGACAGCUGGAACCCCUACAAGUGCUAGACAGUCAUUGAAUUUUUCCAUUGGCACCAUGGACUCUGAUGCCAAAUUUUAUGUCUAUAUGCACUUUUCUGAAGUAGAAAAGAUGGAAGCCAACAGAUCAAGAGUUUUGAACAUCUCCUACAAUGGCACACAUUCGUUUGGGCCAUUUAGUCCUGAGUAUUUGCGUGUAAAAACCGUUUUCUCCCCCAUAGCCAUGGAAGGUGGAGAGUUUUCAAUCUACAGAGCAAGAGGUUCAACUCUUCCACCCAUCCUUAAUGCCCUUGAAGUUUAUACGGAAAAACAGUUCUUAAAGUUACCAACAGCCCGGCAAGAUGUGGAUGCUAUCUUGAAUAUAAAAUCAAUCUAUGAAUUGAAGAGAAACUGGCAAGGAGAUCCUUGUGCUCCUCAAGCAUACAUGUGGGAAGGUCUUGACUGCAGACAGAACGAUAAUGAUCCACCUAGAAUCAUAUCCUUGAAUUUAUCCUCCAGUGAUUUGACAGGAGAAAUACCUUCUUGUAUAGCCAAUCUCACGGAAUUACAGUAUCUGGACUUAUCAAACAACAGUUUGACUGGAUCAGUGCCUGAGUUUCUUUCUCAGCUGCAGUUCUUGACAGUGCUAAAUUUGGAAGAGAACAUGCUUAAUGGUUCAGUUCCAGCCAAAUUAAUCAAAAGGUCAGAGAAUGGUUUGCAAUUAAGAGUUGAUGGAAAUCCAAAUCUUUGUGCAUCAAUGUCAUGCAAGAAGAAAACAGGCAAGGGUAUUGUUGUUCCAGUAGUCGUCUCAGCUUCUUCACUUUUGGGCCUCAUAAUUGCAUUGGCUAUCAUUUGGAGACUUAAAAGGCGAAAACUUCUCGCUAGGAAGACGGUAGCUAGGGAGACGGAGGGUUACAGAAAAUCAUGCCUCUCACUGGGGCCAAAAAAUCCAAGAGUAACAUAUUCUGAGGUCCUGAAGAUCACAAACAAUUUUGAGAAAAUUCUUGGUAAAGGAUCUUUUGGAACGGUUUUUCAAGGCUACUUCAGUGACACUCAAGUGGCAGUGAAGAUGCUUUCUCCACUAUCAGUUCAAGGAUAUAAGGAAUUUGAAGCAGAGGUCACAAUUCUUUUGAGAGUUCAUCAUAAAAAUUUGACAAGCCUUAUUGGAUAUUGUUAUGAAGGCUCCUACAUGGGGCUAAUCUAUGAGUACAUGGCCAAAGGAAAUCUGGCAGAGCAUCUAUCAGAGAGCAGCAAUGACAUUCUGAGUUGGGAGCAAAGGCUUCAAAUAAUGCUUGAUGUGGCAUCAGGGCUGGAAUAUUUGCACAAUGGCUGUAAACCACCCAUUAUUCACAGAGAUGUGAAGUCUCAAAACGUCUUAGUAAAUGAAAACUUCCAAGCCAAGAUGGCUGAUUUUGGGGUGUCCAAAACCUUUACCACGGAAGGUGGCAGUCAUGUGUCAACAGUUGUUGCCGGUACCCCUGGAUACCUAGAUCCCGAGUACUACCUCACAAACAGGUUAUCUGAGAAGAGUGAUACCUAUAGCUUUGGGGUUUGGCUUCUGGAGGUCAUCACAAGCCGGCCUGUGAUUGCAAAAACCACUGACAAGACUCACAUAAGUCAGUGGGUAAACUUCAUGCUGUCCAAGGGUGAUAUCAAAAGAAUUGUCGAUCCAAGAUUGAAAGAAGAUUUUGAUGUUAAUUCUGCCUGGAAAGCUGUAGAAGUAGCAAUUGCCUGUGUGUCUCCAACUCCCACAGGAAGGCCAACCAUGAAAGAUGUCGUGGGGGAACUGUACGAGUGCUUAGCAACUGAGAGAGCUAGGAAGAAAAUAGGACACGAAAAUGGAUCACAAAACUCAGCUGGCAUGUUGCCCAUGAACCUGAAUUUCAGCUCUGAAAUGGGUCCCUUUUUUCGGUGAUCUUGUAAACUUAUUGUUAUGUUCAGAAUAAAUCUCCAUACUGGAGAUAGAGUUACUGCAGAUUGCAGUGAUUUUAUAGCUUUAGUUGAUGCCAGCAUUAAUAUAUGAAUCGUGGUUUAAUGUGUUUGAAGAAGUCUCACCUCCUAUAUAUAUAAUUUCGUCUUUGCAUUUGUACUUGUAGUUCCAAAGAAAUAACAAGUUAGUUC